CAAGGCUGUUAGUUCGCCUCGUGCCGUUGAACGUGCAACAGGGCAACAGGGCAACGAUGCAGAAAAGUGAAACUAUUAAGCCCAGUCAGAGUCAGAGUACCAUCAUCAGCAAACAAGUGAGGCAUUGUUUUUGUAAUUAAAAUGGCAACGCUUCAAUGGCCAAGGCGGCAGCACGUGGAGCACACUGCAUGAAGCAUCGAACUGUCAAGCAAGACCUGUACUCCAAUGGGAGGUGGCAAGUUCUCUCCAUUUAAUCGUGUUACGCCUGAAAGAUUAUGUGUGAGUAAGUGUGUGGUAAAAGUCUUUCUUGAAUGUGAAAAUCUUGAAUCGACUAAGUAGGCGAUCAUUUGAGCGCUUGACCACAAGCCAAAAGCCACAGCCGGAGUCCCAGCCACUUUUGGGGAAAGGCCGUAAAAUCACUCGACUAAAACGUCCAUAAAAUGUCGAAUGGCUUGUAGAAUUUGGCCUGCAAAGAUCUGGAAACGUGAAGGCCCUCAGUUCGAUUGUAGGCGGCGUCCGGAGUGCGUGUGUGAAAAGAGCAACAGGACUCAAAAACCCAGAGAUGUGGCAUUAUCGAGCAGUGUUUGUGCUCGGCAUUUAUAUGCUCGUAACAAUAAACGCGUCGACAAGUAGCAACAGCAACAAUCACUUUAAUGACGGCACUUCCGGCAUCCUUACGGCUCGAAACGGGAAACUACAGUUGGAGCUGAAUGCGUGGCAGCCAUUCACCCAGCACAACAAUUGGCUUAUCCUGCAGGCAACGGCACCCAGCUCAGUGCAGCCGGAAAGAGUGAGUGCCCCCAGAAUUUUGCCACAGCAGCAGCAACAGCAGCAGCAGCAAGAGGAGAAGCAGCAGCAGAAGCAGCACCAACGACUUCCUGUCAAUUACUACGCCUACAAUCAUCGGUAUAAUCAGAGUGCGAGGAGUGGCAUUCCACCUUCGGCGGGCGGAAAUUACAAACAGGUUCGGGCACAGGCAGCACCAGCGACAACUCUAAGCGAUCCCGCCAGAUAUGUCCUGGCCAUAAGCCAAUCCAUGCGACGCGGGGGUGAACUUCGACAUCAGCUGCCAGCUGCUGCGGAGGAGGAAGCCGAGCCGGAUGUGCGCAAUGCGGCGGCCUCAACUUUAACUAACUCCCAAGCCCACGAAGCCGAUGCUGAUGAUGAUGAAGAUGUGAAAGAUACCGAUGCCAUUAAACACAUUGAGAAGCCAACACUUCUGGGAAUCCAAUCCUACUUAGGGCCUUUCCAGCAUGCUCUGGUGAAAGUGCGUAAUUUUUGCGACUCUGUGGGUACUCUUCUCAGCGACAUAGAUGAGGAGCAGCAGGAUGAGACGCUGCAGUUCCUGGCAGAUGAGACAAGUUCAAAUAAAUUGGCGGCCACCACAAGAACCAUCACCUCCACAGCCAAAAUAUUGACUUCAAAAGAGGCGGAUACAGAUACAGUCCAAGGCCGUUACAGUCACCGUGUGGCAUUGGACGCCUCAGAGGGCCGCAAGCUAAAAAAGUUGAAAAAGAAAAUCCAAAAGCUGCUGCUGCCACUUCUGAUUGCUUACAAACUGAAGUUCCUCACCCUCAUACCCGUUCUCAUUGGCGGCCUCACGCUACUCGUGGGCACCACGGGCCUGGCCGGCUUCUUCUUUGCUCUCUUUACGGCCGUAAUGAGCCUGAAGACCACAGGUGGCGGUGGCGGCCAUGGCUAUGGCAGCAAAGCAAUAGUCUUAAAGAAAAUCUGAUCUGAAGGCAACGUUUUCUACGAAUUAAGAUUUAGCUAUUGAUUUAGGCUAGUUAGCAGCACUCGGCACUCCCAUCCCCUUAUCACAAUCAAAACCCAUCGAAGCUCGAGCAUUGAUUGGUCUGCUCUGGCGGUGGGCUAUAAAAAAGACGAGGCGGAGACUUCCGCACUGUCAAGUGAAAUAAAACUACCAGAAAUAAUAUAUGACAAAAGAAACAGGAAAAGUCUUAGUCGCAAUCGAAAUAAAACUUCCCUCAGCUGGAAUCAACAAUUUGAAACACUCUUUUUUAGGGAAUUUACUUAUUUAUGCUAUAUCCCAGUGCUGCAGGUUUGAACACUACUUUAGACGUAUACCCACGUUGCUACAGUGCGUGUGUGCGGUUAUACCAGCAACCGGAUGCAAAAUAAAAGUACUGCUAACAUCCAACUAACGAUAAAUUCCGUUGAACAGCUGCCAAAACCCCAUCCAGAGCCACAGCCAGAGACCCAAAGUUUGGGCAUGAAAAGUGACGACAGCAAAGAGCGUUAACGUUAAAGUUGACGGUUGACGGUUGACGUUGACUACGAUUAGUUCCGUGGCACGCGUGUGCAUAUGAAUGCGUGUUUGGACACCAUGUGAAUAUAUAGCAUCCCAGACGUGAAGCAGUAUAUAAUACUAUAUAUUGUAACAGUUACAGAUACUCGAACCACCCAGUGGUUGAGGCUACAUUCGCAUUCGUUCAAGCCAAGAUAAGUUCAUUUGUCUCGUCUGGUUUCGGUCUCUUUCAGCCCAAAAAUCCUAAUUCAGUUGGGUCGUUAUUUAAUUUCCGUUAGCACUGCUGCAAUCACAUUUGCCUGAUGUAAUUCCAAGAAGUAUAUUUUGUUGCUGGAAUUUAAUUAAGCGGAUUUAUACAUAAACAAACACACGAGAUGGUUUCAUUUUACCGGAAAUUUACAUAAGCCCGUGUCGAGCUCAUGAAAAACCUUUAAUUUGAAGUUGAUAUUUGUUCACGACUAUUCAUGGAAAUGCGAAAAUAAUAAAUGCAAUUAUUAAUGAAAUUGCCAUCGGUUCUGUCUGCUCCUUAAAAUAACAAUUAAUUGGUAAUUAAUAAUACAUAUUACCAAACCCCAGACCUGAUUGCAGGUCAGAGAUACUUUCUAGCAAGUAAGUCAAUUUAAACAACAUAAAACCAU